CCUACGGACAACGAGCAACUCGUAGACGUCUUCACCACUGCUUCACACACCCACAACAGUGCUCGUCAGACUGCGAUGGCCACUGUACACCCGUCGCGGAUGGCCCUCGUGCCCCAGGACCCGCCAAAGGACGUCUACGCACAAACGCGCGACCGCCAACGGUCACCCGCGCCACCCAGAGACAGGCCUAGGGACCACGACCGCUACGCCAGACGAGACGCUCCCCCGCACAGGGAUCGGGACGACGAGCGCGACAGGCACCGCGAGGCGAGCAAGCGGGCAGAGCGCGGCCGCGCCCGGGCGGACGACUACUUCGACGAGGCGAGCAGCAGCGGGGAGGGCCCGCCCAAGCGGACUCGGUCGCGGAGCGUUGACAAGGAGAGGGAUCGCGAGAGGGAGGAACGGAGGGACAGGGAGAAGGAAAAGGAGCGGGACAGGCCGAGGAGGCAGAGCCCGGAGUAUGACGAGUACAGGCGGCCGUCGCCGCCGCGGGAGGGCGUGGCGCCUGCGCCGUGGCGGCAGCAGGAGAACAUGUAUCCCAGGGCACGGGAUGCGGGGAGGUUUGCGGGCGGAGGUGCGGAUUUCAUGGAGAGUCGGCGACAGCAACGCGAGACCAGCACGUUCGCCAUCUGGCCGCCCUCGCCGAAAGCACCCACUCGUGACCUCUCCGAGGAACGCGACUCGAAACGCCGCAAGAAAUCGCACAAGCGACGCCACGACUCCGACACGGACACGGACACGGAUUCCGAGGAGGAACGCCGUCGUAGGCGGAAGGAGCGCAAGAAGUCGCGGAAGGAGAAGAAGGACCGCGAGCGUGAGCGCCCUCGGGAACACCGGCGGCACAGCAACGGGGACGAUUCCGAGGACGAGAGGGAACGCCGGCGGAAGAAGGACCGCCUCCGGAGCACGACCCGGACGAGGAGCCCUGAGCAGCGCCCGCCUACAACGGAUGCGGACGACGACGAGUGGGUCGAGAAGUCUGCUUCCACUGCUCGGCUGGCGCCUGCGCAAGGCAGCGCCAGUCCGCCCAAGGCAUCCCCUUCCAUGCCGCCGCCCCCAGCACGCAGUACAUCGAAACAGCCUGCGGAAAUAGAUAUCGACGACGAGGACGACGAGAUGGACGACGACGAGCUCGGGCCGCAGCCUCUACAGAAGGCAGGCAACUCGCGCAACAAGGUGGACGAGCGGCAGUACGGCGGCGCGCUGCUGCGCGGCGAGGGGAGCGCGAUGGCCGCGUUCUUGAAGGACGGCACGGACGUGCGCAUCCCGCGGCGUGGCGAGAUCGGGCUGGCGUCGGACGAGAUCGCGGCGUACGAGAACGUGGGGUACGUGAUGAGCGGGAGCCGCCACCGGCGCAUGAACGCGGUGCGGAUGCGGAAGGAGAACCAGGUCAUCAGCGCGGAGGAGAAGCGCGGGAUCCUGAAGCUGCAGCAGGAGGAGCGCGAGCGGCGCGAGGCGAUCCUGCGGGAGGAGUUCCAGCAGCUCGUGGACGAGAAGCUCAAGUCUCAGGGUGGGCCCGCAAAGUGAGGGCAUGCAUUCUACGUUCUGGGGAAUCGGAGUGCACCGGUGUGAAUUGUCUUGAGUAGCUAUCAUAUGUGAUAUUGAUUAUGUGCUAAGGGCUGGACAAAUCGAGGUCAGAUUGGAGCACGCAAGAACAGGCCAAUACAUCAAGGUUGGCUGCAGUUGGCUGCCCUCGCCGAGAGCUGUCUUUGGACGGAUGUCUCUGUCAUGAGCACAUAGGCACAAUGACUAUCUGCCAUCCGUAAGACAACUCAUUGUAUCAAAGGUACGGGGCGGGAAAUGCAUUGCUACAAAACAAGACAGGACACCAUGGGUCAGCUAUUGAAACACAAAUCCAAUGUCCGAGUGAGACUGGUCGU